GUGUCACUGGCCGGAAACGACCACUGUGAAAGCGAACCUAAGCACCCACAGGAAGACGGGGACACUAAAAAUGACACGGGGCGGAAAAUAAUUCGGCCAAUAAUACAGUUUAAACCAGGAGCGAGUUCACACAAGGGGCCGUUUCGGAGCGGUUAGGGGCUUCAGCGACGGGCCCGCGGCCGCUGGGUGACCGAUGCGCGCGCGUUAAGGCGGCGAGGCGAGCGGAAACUGGGUUUGGUUAACGGGGCGACAACAGAGCCGUCGGGCCAAUGGAGAGGCCUUCCAAACUGUUUUCGACGGGAUGAGGAGGAAAAAUGACCUGCUAACCUGAAAUCGGAAACCGCCUUUGUGUUCGCGCACAGUUCGGCGCCUUUUCGCUCUUUUGCAAAACUAGUUUUGUGCUGCACUUUUCUGGGAGCAGACUCGGCCGCGCGGUAAACUCGCUCGGUCGGUCGGGCUCAGCGCCGCUGCAGAGAUGAAAGCGGAGCUCGGUCUUUAUUUGGCUAGCCGGAGAGCUACACAGCUAGCUUAGAGGCUAACGAGCGGACCAGCCUGGCGCCCAUGUUCACUGGAUGGACUGUGACCGACUAGACCACUUUCUGACAUUACCAGAGUCCUUUAUUAGAGUUUUUCACCACAAAUAAACACCCGGAUACAUUUUUCCUUCCUUCACCACCAACACAACAAACAUCCAGCGGACUUUUGCUUUUUUUUUUUUAAAAAAAAUGAGAGAUGUCGCUGAGCUGUGUGAAAAAUUUACUUUUCUGAACCUCGCUUCAAUUAUUAACGACAUUUUAAAGCGUUUUUGUGCUUUCGAGGGAUGUGAAAGCCUCUCCCUCCUUUUAUUCCCCUCAGUGCUGAGAGAAAACCCGACUGGAGUGCCGAGAUUGUCCGUUUCAGCUUCUGGGUGAGGCUGCUGACAGAAGAGAAAAAAAGACUGUCAUAUCCCUUUGCUGUACUCCUUGUCUUCCAUCCUGGAUUAAUAUAAAUUAAAUUUUUCCAGUGGACAUUACAUUCUGAUCUUUUACAUUUUUGCUUUCAUUUAAACUCAAUUGGGACAGACAGUAUUUAUUAGGAACUCAAAUGGGGACCAUUGCCUUGAAUGGCUGUGAGAUAAAUAAGUAAGAGAACAUUCCAUCGCCGCAGCGAAGGAACGGAAAGGAACCAGAGGAACACCCCUCAACAGUGAGAGGGAAAUGUUCCAGUUUGGAAAGUACCCCAUGGACAUUUUAGAAAUGCUUAGUGGACACCAGGCUCACCAGUUCAAAGGCCUGGGGCUGGAAAGGCAGCUGCAGCACCAACAGCAGGUUCAGCUUCAACACCAGCAGCAGCUUCAGCAACAACAGCAACAGCAGGGUGAGGCCUCUGGUGCACUCCUCUCUGGGCUAGGCCUAGGCACCCUCCAAGGAUCUAGAAGUAAUGCGUUUUCAGAUUCCUCUUCAAUCUUUGCCAAAAUGAGUGCACCACCUCCACCUAUCCCGCAGCAAACUCAGUCCUCUUCAUCACAAAGCUCGCGCAAAUCUAGCAAGAUGAGCAGCAGCAGCAGUGGAAGUGGGACUUCAGCGUCUGGUUAUCCACAAUUCCUACGUCCCUUUCACCCUGCAGAGGCUGCUCUUGCACAGGAGCAACUUCACUCAGGGAUGGGACGUUUUGACUUUGCAGGAGGAAGUAGUAGUGGUGGUACUGGAGUAAUUGGAGGAGUUGUAACAUCUGCCCCCCCUCCACCACCCUUGCACCCUGGCCUCUCUGUGCCUCAGCCAUCUCCUGGACCAUCCUCUUCAUCGCCUUCUCCCUCUAGUUCAACCACCACAUCCAAUAACCCCCCUAGCAGUAGCAGUACAGUGGCUGGCCUUGUUGGAGCCCAGUCUGAUGCCCGAAGUUUACACCAGCAGUUCAGUUGCAUGCUUGCAGCCAACCAGUACUUCCUCUCUGGAGUGCCUGCCAAUGCCAGCUUAGAGCAGUUUUUAGUACAGCAGGGUCCCCAUAAUCAUCUUGGUCUUGCUGACUCAAACACAGGCCUUGCUCCUCCCCCUGCCCUUCACCCCUCUCACACACACUCUCACCCUACUCCUCAGCCUCAGCAACAGCAGCAACAGCUAGCACCACAUGCCUUGUCCCACCCUCAUAGCCAUGCCCACCCACAUCACCCUCUCCACCCUGCCCCCCAACCCUCACCUCUUAGUGGGUUUGAUUUUCAGGGCAUCCCUGUUCUUUCCUCCAACCAGCUAGCUUCCCUAAUGCAACAGGAAGCGGGUCUUCCUCUCCCACUCCCACUCCAUCUUUCUGUCCCAAAGGAUGAUGGGAAGGGGGAUGGUGGAUCUGGUGCUGGAGGAAGCGGAGGUAGCGGCAGCAGGAGAAAGAAAGCAAUGGCUGGUUACCUACCCCAAAGAAAGACAGAAGGUGGUGGUAGUAGUAGUAGUGGUAACAAUGCUACCUGCCACAACAGCUCUGGGGCACAUAGUCAUGAUGGGUCUUCUGGCCUUGUUGGAGGAGGUGGAGGGGUUGGCAUGAGGGGUCUUGGUGGUGACCCCUCCUCCAUCCUCUCCUCUUCAGCACCACCCUCCUCCUCUUCUUCAACUGUCUCUUCCUCCUCUUCCUCUGCCCCCUCCUCAAACUCUGCCUCUGUCUUAGUAUCAAACGUUUCACAAUUGUCCAAAACUGAUAAUCAAUCUGCCAUGACUCCUACUGUUACACAGUCUGAGUCUCUUUACAGCUGUGGAGAAUGUGGUAAAUCUUUUCCACACAUUCACAGUCUCCGUAGACACAUACGCAGCCACGAAGGAGAAGUUAAUGGUCCGAAUAGCAAUGCUACCACAAACCCAAAUGCCCACCAGCAUCAGUCAGAUACAGGUCUCCCUCACUCAACUCAGGAUGGCAUACCUCAGCAAAAUGCCCAUCACCAACAUGAUCAGAAUCAGCAGCAGUCCAACCCAGACCCCUCAUCCUCCUCAUGUCCAAGCCCAGAUAAGAGUUACUGUUGCAAUGAAUGUGGGAAAGGCUUCAAGAAAAGAGGACAUCUCCUUCAGCAUGGUGUUAUCCAUUCUGGAGCACGUCCGUAUGCUUGUUCUACCUGUGAGAGAUCUUUUAACCGCCGUGAAUCUCUUACUCGGCAUGAGAAAAUUCACGAGGACAAGCCUUACCGCUGUCCAGCGUGUGGCCGCUGCUUUAGAGAGAGCACAUCUUUGCUAAACCAUGCUGCUUCUGGCUCAUGUGACAAACCAGGGAGGAGAUCGAGGAGCAGUGAUGGCAGCAGCUCAGUGAGUUCAGAAGGCAAGGUGGAGGGGGAUUUCCAAGGUUUAGGAGAUGAAAAGGCUUUGGGAUAUCCAAAGACUGAGGAAGGUGGUGCCGGAAUGUCCUGUGAUGACCUGUAUCAGCAGGAAAGAGGGGGGAAUCCAAACACUGAUGCUAUUAAAACUGAAGGGAAAUAUAAUUCACCAUAUUCAAGAGAUCUCUAUCAAACGUCAUACAGGGUUGACGACUAUCGUCGGCCACAGGGUAACCCAACCCCGUAUGCUGGCGAUGGCUCUUGUAGUAACAGUAUGUCUGGCCCUGCCCUUAGAAAAGCUCCCUUGGCUCCAACACUUCAUCCACACCCUCCAAAUCAGCAACAGCAUCACCACCACCAACCACAGCCUCAUCUUCCACUGUCUUCCCUUCUGGAUGACUCUGAAGAUGAAGUUACUAGUAGUGCCAUGUCUGCUAUAGCUGCAGCUGCUGCCGCCUCUGUCUUACCUGCUGAAAUGAACAGUGGUGGGGCAAGAGAGGAACGAAGGGACAUAAUUGGAGGUUUGUUAGGAGGACUUGGUUUUGGGAAUAUGAGUGGCCCAUCAUCUACAUCUGCAGGAAAUGGAACGAAUGAAGAGUGCCUGAAUGGUUCCAUGAUGCCCUUGUCUCACCCUGCUCAACAGCAGCCUAACUCACAAAACGCCACACCUAAUGCCAAAACAAAGCGGCCACGUAAGCCUAGACAAAAGAGGGAGCCUAGACCAGGUGGUAUCCUCGGAGAGGGUGUAAAGCGGCGGAGAAGUAGCCAGAACGGGUCUCGUGGGGAAGGAGAAAGGCCUUAUUUAUGCACUGUUUGUGGCCGUGGCUUUGGCAGACGUGAGACCCUGCGCAGGCACGAACGUGUUCAUACGGGGGAGAAGCCAUUCCAUUGUGAUGUCUGUGGCAAAGAUUUUCGAGAACCUUUCCACCUCACUAAACAUCAGACUGUUCAUUCAGGGGAGAAGAACUUCAAGUGUUCCCUUUGCGGAAAAGAUUUUGGUUAUGCGCAAAGUCUAAAACGACAUGAAAAACUGCAUCUGAGAGGGGAUUUCAAGCCAAGACGGAGUAAAACCAAGUCUGCUAACCGUGCAGCAGUCAGUCAAGAUAACAGUCAAACAACAACCACCACCACCACCACCACCACCCCUGGUUCAUAUUAUUCUUAUCCUCAGGAUAAAGCUCAAGGAUCCAGUGCAAGCACAUCAAACCAGCCCCCUCCUAGACUGUACACAUGUGAAAUUUGCUGGAAAUCUUUUCGUCAUCACUUCCACUUGACUGCCCACCACCAAGCUAUUCACGAGCAUGGAGGGGAGAAGCUUUUCUCUUGUGAGGUGUGCGGAAAAGCUUUUGCAUACUCCAACAGCCUGACAAGACAUAGAUUAUCUCAGCAUGGUUUAUCACGUGCUGGACCUCCAACCCAACCAGCAGGAAGUGGAUCCAGUGGAAAUGCCUCAUCCAUAACUGAAAGUGAAGCAGCCACUAAUGCUCUCCUUCAUCUGACUUCAGACAAUGGAGCUCACAAUGUACAGCAAACCCAUUCAACCAUAUCCCAUACACAGCAUCUUCACCCUCAACCUGCUGGCUUUUCCCCUCUCUUUUACACGCCAGAGCCUAAUUCCCACGAUUCAAAUGCCAGUGCCCCUUCACACUCCCAACACUCACACUAUUCACACUCCACUGUAGGGCCCCUCUCCCAUCAACCACCAGUAACUGGCAAGGGACAGCAAAUUUAUUCUGGGGUUACAGGAAACCCCAUUCAUUCAGCUCCUCCUCAUAUCCAUCUUUCUUCCUCUUCACUUCCUCAACAUCACCACCACCACCACCACCAUCAGCAGCAGCAGCAGCAGCAACAACAACAGCAGCAGCAUCAACAACACCACCACCACCACCAUCACUCCUUUCAGAUGCCAUCGCAGCAUCUCCAAAAUCCAGUUGUUCAGAUGCAAGAUGUCCAGAAGAAGAAAAAAAAAAAAAAGAAAAAAAUUAGACUAGUCAGUGGGGGGCAGCUGGUAAGGGAGUUCACUGAUUUUGAAAGUGCUCAAAGGCGUAGAUUUUUAAAAAGGAAGAAACGCAGGCUUCAGCAUCAAAGGAAGAUGAAGAAGUGGAUAGCUCGUCUUAGAUGGGCGAAAUACAUGGGAGGAAUUGGAAUUAAUGUAGCGGGCGGUACAUGGAGGGUGGGCCGGUUGAAGUUCAGAGGCCUGAGAUCUUUGAUAGUCCCCUUGAGUUCCUUCCCAUGCCCUAUUUGUCCCUCUACCACUUUCAUGAGAAGGAUAACCCUGUCAGUCCACCGCGUGACAAGGCAUCCUCCAAGGAAACAUGGUUGUCGAGCACGUCUGCGCUGCGUUGUCUGUGGCAAGCGCUCUCGAAGGCUUCUGUCAGCUCUUCGUCAUCGGGCUCGGCACCUUUCUCAAGGGUCCUUCUCUUGCCCCCGCUGCCCCUCUCGAUUCUGGAACGGCACCCUCCUACAGCGGCACAUUUUUGCUUGUCGGCGUGUUGGCGGAGGACAAAAAACAUCACCAAAGGGGACUCAGUAUCAGAAAGGAGAGGAUCCUUUUGCAAGAUCCGUUGGCAUCGCGAUGUACAGGCACUAAAUAUUUUCAUUCAACAGAAAAUAUGACCUUUCACACUGAAGAGUUUUGAGAGCCAGAGAGAAACAUGUGACCAGUCAUGGUGGAAAAUCUGCUAGUCCACUACAUAUUCACACUUACCCAUUAUGCACAUGGUCUCUGGCUUCAGCCAAGGGAGUGCCUCUUAUAAUAAAGGACUUGGUUAACAUGAAGAUUAAGCCUGUAUCUAAAAGAAAAAAGAAAGAAAAAAAUCCAUUAAAGACAUGGAUCUCUAACAUGGUUUCUCCAAAGGGGAAGAAUAUUUUAGAUUAUGAGACUGUUUUGGUAGCACCUUUGUUGUUAUGGUAGCAUCUCUAUCCUCUAAAAAUGCAUUCAUUACGUAUUUUCGUAACUUUUUUUGUGCUGCGAUGAUGGAUGCGAAACAGUAAGAGUGAACUAAUCUGAACAGUAACAAUCUUUCUCCGAAAUAGUUUCCCCCCAUUAUUACUCAGAGUUUGACCGUAUAGUCUUUCAUUAUUCUCAAAUAUAUGUAGCUUUCUGUUCCUUGUGGACCUUGUGUUUUUAUUGUUGUCCCCCCUUCAACCUUUUCUUCUUUUUUGUCUUCUUUGUACAAUUAUUCAAAUGCUUGCCCUGAAAGAUAACGUUGCUGUUUGGGAAACUGUUAAAGAACAUAACUGUGUAUUCUCUAAGGACAACACUUACUAAGACACUUAAGUUUUUAAAUCUUGACUAUGCGAAUCUAAUGAAUCUAGUAAACCUUCAGAACCUUUGAAUCAUGUUAAAAUUGCUGCAGAACUGAUGGGGAGGGAAAAGCAUAGCGCAAUAGAUGCCAUGUUCCAUGUGUUUAAUGUCCCUUUUUUUUAAAUAUGUAAUUUUGUAGGUAUUUUUAUGACAAGUGUUAUAUCUUUGGUUAAGAUGGAUUGGAGUAAGAGUGGGGAAACCAGUCCUUACUGUAAAAUGCGUAUUAUAUUUUAUUAUGUAUCAGUUUUUGUUUGUUGCUUUUUUUUAUUCUUCAAAGUACAAGUUUUUUUAAUCAUUUGUACUAUUUGUGGGUGGGUGUGUGUAUGUUGUAAGAUGAGGGGAAUAUAUGUAUCAAUGUGAAAUUUUUUUUCCCCACCAUUGUUUUGACCCCUUUUGGUCUGUCUAACCAGUUUAGCACAGUUUCCCAACACUAUUGUAUACAUUUCAGUACUUUACUUAGCUCCUGUCCCAAUGUUUUAAUCUCAGUAAACUAAAAUAUGAAAUAUAAAUACUAAACUAUUCUUUUCUUUUUCCUGCGUCAACAAAAAGGGUGAGUCCCGCAGAAAACUAAUAAAAAGGUUAAAAUAUCA